UGCUACCAAUGUUUAGGAGGGAAGUCCUAUCAUUAUAUCGUCGAAUUUUCCGAUUAGCUCGGCAAUGGCAAGCUACAACAGCAGCAGACACUGAGGUAGAGAGACAGUAUAUUCGCGACGAAGCGCGAAAGUUGUUCCGUGGAAAAAAGGACGUGAGUAUUAUAUCUGGAAGAUAUUCAGAUCUCCGUCUAAGGUAGAAACUUAAAUCCCAAGCUGGUAAAUUGAGUAAGAAGUUGUUCCAGCUAACUAUCACACGAAUGCAGAUAAAACAUAUGCAUGUCAUGACAAAGUCGCAGAGGAGUUAGUGCUUGAGGUCGUAUCGAAACGACUUGUACUGAAACAAAUUUGUGUCAAAAUGACUAUUUCUCACCCCAUCCCAGCCUGUUGCCCAUAGUUCACAACCCUUUGUGUUAAUGCUAAGAUCUGUUUUUAAGUUUCAGUUCAGCUCCUAAUCUUCUUACUGUUUUACAACAUCCUAUAUAUCAUUGUCAUCAUCAUUAUCACAUUAUUGUCAUCACGCUCAUCAUCAUCAUCAUCAUCAUCAUCAUCAUCAUCUAUUUUGGUGCUGCUUGGCCAACGACAAUAGAUACUACAGUCCUCCGUGCAGGUUCCAAGGUGCGGCCAUAUCCUUCAACAUAAGCAUUGAUAAUCCCUUCUGUUCAUUUUUUUUCCAUUGGGUUCUUCUUUAUCAUCAACAUUUUAUGGCUAAACCAUGUAUACUGGUGGAGUAGCUAUGCACCUGUUUAUGGGCCUGGCCUAUAAGCAGUAAUGAUCUGGGUAACUCAACAAAGUCAGUCCAAGCUAGUGCCCAAAUGCACAUUCACUAUGUGUAAUAUACAUCUCUGUUAAAAUAUUACAGAUAACUGACCCUGAGGAGAUUAAGAUGCACAUUCAUGAAGCAAAUGCUCGAGUUGAGAUUGGUAUGUGCUGAAAUUUUAUUAUCAGUAGCUGUAGCACUGCAUACUUAACCCUGAAAAAAGGCGCAAUUGUGAAGAUCACUUUUACAUAAGGUGUAUACUGAAGAAAAUGCUCUCAAGCUGAAUGAAUCCAUGGGCUUCUGAUGGUACCUGGAAGUCAACUCAGCUAUUUAUCCAUUUGUGGUGCCUUUGACUGAGUUAAUUUGACAUAGGGUAUAGAGUUUCUUAAUAAACUGAGCUGCUUGUAAAUGCAGUUGAACCUCCAUGGGCCACCCUCAAGGUACCAGCAAAUGGUCAUUUAAUAAUGGAGGUUUGAAUUCGCUCAAUAGAAGUUUGUCAUAAAUUAGCAUAACAUGAGCAUAAUCUCUAGCAGAAACAUCACUGUUAUUUUGAAACAAACACGCGACAGGAGCAGCAUUACUGGUCCACAAUUGCAUAUAUGCCAACAACUCUCCCGGAUAAUCUGGGAGUCUACCAGAUAUAUGGCACUGAUGGCCGUUUAUAGAGGGUGGCCGCUUAAUGGGCGGUCAACUGUAACACUGAACAGUAAUGAUUGUUGAUAUAAUUUUUAUAUUUUCCCUGUAGCCCUUCACUAUGGAUCUCCUUACCCAAGACUGGUAAGCUUUUGUGUAAAGAAUGUAUUAAUAUUAUUAUAAAUUAUGUUAUUACAAAGUUAUUAACAAAAACCUAUGAAAUGAAAAUUAAUACUUCUUAUGCCAAAAUGGUGGCAAGUAAAGUUAUUCUUCAGUUUUCAUGAUAAUUGCCUCAUUUUAAGGUAUAUUAAAGUUCUUUUAAAUUCUUCAGAUACAAAGGGCUUGUUAACGUAAUACAGAAAAAAAGCAAUACUGUCACCAUUGUGGAAUAAAGCUUACACAGGGUAUUUUUGCUUUCAUUUAAUGUGCAAUUUUUUUUUAUUUUUCCCAGAUCCACAUGCCUCCUACAGCAGUCCCCAAAACAAACAGAAAACAAAGAAAAGCACAGGAACGCCUUAGAAAGCAAGCAAAACCAAUUUACAUGCUCUCUGAUGAGGAUGUUGAUAAGUGAAAGAUUUCCAGGAAGUGCAUGAUUUAAUUCUAAAACAGUUAAAAGAAACUUCUUUCACAAGUCGUAACAGUGUUCAGGAUGAUGUUCAUAAUGGUAUCUGCACUGCUCAGUCUUGAUCAAGGCUCAAGAAAAUGAGAACAUCAAAAUGAAGGAUCCAUUAGAGGCAUUUCCUGCUGCUCGUUUGUGAGAGUAUGUUGAUCACAGAGAACUGGAAAAGGCAGAUCAUUUUGACUAGUAUUUAGUAGGAUCAGGCAGUUUAAGUCUCAAGACAGGCCUGCUAAAAACUAUAUGAAUGUGACUUGUGGCCCAUUUACCAAGUCCUUUAGAGGUCAAAAUUUGGAAUUUUAGCAUUGGCUCGAGAUUUAUGAAAACUACAGAGGCAAGAUGACAGCCAGGGGUCAUUACAAAUUUUCUCAAUGGUAUUCCACAGUUCAUUGUCGCUUUUUAAAGUCAAAGCAAAUGAUAAUGCUUAGGUUUGGAGACUGAAACUGGCAAACUGUGCUCUGAAUCAACAUUGCAAUUUUUGGUCCACAAUUUUUGCUCUACAAUUAAUAUAAUCCAUAUCUCCAUAUAAUCGGGGAUGGAGGAUAUCAGAGUUGGUUUUGACUAGUGGAGACUGGCCUAAAGACUCUAUUUUCCACCCUCUAUUUUUGCAAACUCUAUUUUCAGUCAUGCAGGUGGCAAAAAUGCAUGCAACGCCCAUGGGAGUGAGCAGCAGUGCUGGAUCCAGACCCUGAGAUAAGAAGAUGGAGGCCCGGUCAUCCAGAUAGAUAAAGGGGGAGGGGUCUACAUUUUUAAGCCUUCAGGCCUCAUUUUGGUUUAAAAAUAAGGGGGGCCAGGGGGCCUGGGGUCCUGUGCCCCUCCCCUGGAUCCACCACUGAGCAGUAAGGUGACCCACUAACACCAUAGCAAUUUUGUACCUUUCUGGUAACAUUUUGAUACUUACCGCCUUUUUUCUCAUUUUUUUCUUUUCAUUUGUUUUUCUUUUUAAUUGUAUUCUUUUGUCAGGGGCAGAUCCAGGAUUUUUCUUAUGAUAGGGUGCACUAAUAAGGAAUGACUGGUGAUGUAAACAAGUUUUAAUACAGAAUACCUGCAGUUGUAUCACAGGCAGCCCAAACUCACGUUACGAGGAAAGAGUGUAAAGUAAUUUACUUACCAUAGGUGACACAUGACCUUUCUGCUAGACGUGCCGGUGUCGCAUUACAGGCGACCAUUGAAAAUAAGAGACUUUCUAUGAGAAAUAAAAUACUGAGAUCUUCGAACACAAAAUAACGUUAAAUCUAAUUUUUCCUUCAAUGAAAUAAAUAAAAAAGACUUACC